ACAAAUAAUGACCGAAAUUAGUGUCACUUAUCAAGAUUUCCCAAAUAUAUGCCGAAUUUGUUUGCACACUGCUGAUGAUCUUCAUAAUUUCAUUGAAUUAAAAAUGGCAGACGUAUUUAAACUACUUACAAAUAUCGAAAUUACAAAGGAGGAUACGUUUCCCAAAAAUGUUUGUAGCAUUUGUAAGAAACACCUUGAUGAUAUCAAUUUAUUUAUCGAGAAAUGCAAAAAUAGUGAUGCGUUUCUUAAAAGAGUUUAUCUACAGGAAAUAAAUGAAGCAUAUGAUUCAGAUAACUGCGAUUUUGAACAAAAUGAGGAGUCGCUGGCUAAAUUACAAAGUGAGGUAAAGAAAAAAAAUAGUUUAAUGCCCUGUCCCUCGAAGAGUGAAAUGAAAAUGUCAAAACGAAUAAAAUCUAAUGAACGGAAGUGCUCUGGUUGUAGGGAAUACAUAAACCCUGGAGGUGUAAAGAGGCAUUACAGACUGAAUCCAAAUUGUAGGCCAGAUGAUUGUAAAUGUCCAAUCUGCAAAAAAUCAUUUUAUCCAAGAAAUAAACUAAUAAUACAUUUGAGAUCGCAUAAAAAAGAUACACCUUACAAAUGUCCGGAAUGUUCCAAAACAUUUGCGUUUGCAGAAAAUUUAAGAAGGCACGCUCUUACACACACAGGCGUAAAGCCAUUUAUUUGUGAAAUCUGUGAAAAAGGUUUCUUAAGGAAGAGAUCUUUAGAUGAACACCUAAAUUUCCAUACUGGAAAAACACCUUACAUAUGCGUCUACUGUGGGAAUGGUUUCAAAAGGCUCGUUGAUCACGCUGCCCAUAUUUAUCACGUCCACAGCAACGACAUAGACAAAAUACCAAAACACAAAAGAAAAUACACCGAAAAAAGAGUGCAUUUAAAACUGGAAUGCAAGACUUGCGGUAAAAUUUUUGCCAGUCGAUCUGGCUACGCCAAUCACCAACUUAUCCACAAAGGAGUAAAAAAAUUCUUAUGCAAUAUUUGCGGGAGAAAAUUCAUAACAAAUCCGACUCUACAGAGCCACAUUAGAACCCACACCGGCGAAAAACCUUUUGAAUGUAAGGAUUGUGGGAGAGUGUUUAGCCAAAGGAAUUCCUUAAACGUCCACAUGUCCCACCACGUAACCGACAAGUCCCUGAACUGCCCACACUGCGACAAAAGGUACUACACAAAAAGCGGUUUAAAUAAUCACGUACUAACACACUCCAACGAUAAACUUCUAGAGUGCCCCGACUGCAGCAAGCAGUUUUACCAAGAAAACGCUUUGCACAAUCACGUUCUGCAACAUACCGGCGAGAAACCGCACAGGUGUCACUUGUGCACCAAAUCGUUCAUGUCUCCCUCCCACUUAAGCGUUCACUUGAGGAGUCACAGCGGGGAAAAGCCCUAUACGUGUUCUAUUUGCGGAAAGCAACUUGCCCAGCCUCAAACGUUGAAGGUGCACAUGAGACAGCACACUGGCGAGACGCCUUACGUGUGUUCCGUUUGUGAGAAGGGGUUUCACGAUUCCAGUAAUUUGAAGAGGCAUUUCAACAGGCAUCACGGUAGCGAAAACAACUCUGUUAAAAAUGGAACGAAGAAACGAUAGUUUAAGUACACGCGCUUGAGUAAAAUAAACGUAUAUUGAUUUGUUUGCAUAUUUGUGAUUGUGAAGUGAAACCUUUUCAUUCGUGUACUUGGAAAUAUAUCUCUAGUAGUGUCUUUUUGAUGUGAUAUUUGGACGUUCGAUAAAAAUUGAUAGUGAUACGGAAUUUUAAACCAAUUGAAUCUUUUUCAUCCAGGACUUCAAAAAACCGCUAGUUCCGAGAUAAUUUCUCUAAGCGUCAAUGACAUUGUCCUAGUUUAAUUGAAUGAUACUACUGUCACUAUAUAAACUAGAUAGGGACACAUUUAGGAAGGUUAAAACGUAAUAUUAAAAAAAUAUAAAAUUCUAAACGAGAUCCAGUAUGUUUUUACUCUUUUUUCUUAUUCAGCCAUUUCAACGGCCAAUCGGUGCUAGACGUAUUAAAUUAAUUAAAAUUAAAUCGUGAACAGUUUAAAUUUAAGCAGAAUCCAAUCUCUUCCUAAUGCUUAAGAAGGGCAGUGGAGGCUAGCCUCUGCUGUUUAGUGAAAAAGCCAUAUUUUCUCUAAAAAGGCCACUACUGCGAGUUGAGUUGGCUUCUGGUAUGAUACGGAUAGUAAAUGGGUAAAAAGCAACUGUUACUUUAAUUCGGUGAAACGCGAACCUCUUUAUUCUAUUUUAUACAGUGAGUACAAAUAAAUAAAACAUUUGUGUUACUGUUUUUUUUAUUUUUGAAUGUCACUGUUCUGUUUACAUGCCAAAGUUGCAGGUGUUCUGAUAUGACGGUAAACGCGUUAAAAAUAAACUGCCAUGUUAAUUCGGCGGAAUGGGAUUGGGAAUUCUUAUUUAGUAUUCAACUAUAUCUUUUUUAGUACAGUCAUUGAAGCUGAAAAUCAGCUGUA